AUGUGGAGAGUCUCUUUGAGCGUCAGCCAACCACGCCAGUGCCGAGACCUAAUUCUCAUCCACGCGACGCCACAUGCUCAGCAAAGUUGCUACGAUGAGGGUGUGAAGUCCACGCACCGCUUCCACUCGCUGGAACUUUGUCGUGGCCGUGGAUGCCUUUUACAGGACUUUGCUGUCAUCGGGUUGUGGCCUUCAAAGCUUCAUCCAACGUGCAAUACAAAUCUCAUUUUGACGAUCUGCUUGUUCAUUUCUCCAUACAAGUGUAUUUAUGUAGCUUACCUUUCCAUUGAUAUUUCAAAAUUCUUUUUAGAACUUAUUUUCCUGUUCUGUUCAUUUUGCAGGACAAUCCCAUUUGCCUGGAAUCUCAUUACUUCUGGUUAUGUUGAACAAUCUAUAUAUGGGGUAGUGAUCAACACAUUGGGUCUCCUGUUUAUUGGAAAGCUGCUUGAACCAAUAUGGGGCUCCAGGGAAUUCUUUAAAUUCAUCUUUGUGGUUAAUCUUCUAACUUCAAUAUGUGUAUUCAUCACUGCCAUUGCCUUAUACUACAUUACGAGGCUGGAGACUUACCUUUACAUGCCGCUCUCUGGAUUUCAUGGAGUUAUAUCUGGUUUCUUGGUUGGCAUCAAGCAAAUUAUACCGGAUCAAGAGCUUCCUUUCAUCAAGAUAAAAACAAAGUGGUUGCCAUCUAUCACUUUAUUGCUUUACAUUGCUAUUAGCUUCUGGACACUAGAGGCUACAACAUAUCUUCCUACGAUUAUAUCUGGCACAUAUAUAAGCUGGAUUUACCUUAGAUACUGGCAGAGGAAACCAGAAGCAAAACUUAGAGGUGACCCAAGUGAGGAUUUUGCUUUCUCCACAUUUUUCCCCGAAUUUUUAAGACCAGUUAUAGAUCCUAUUGCAUCAAUUUUUCACCGAAUGCUCUGCGGAAGAUCUAAUACUUCUAAUAAUGGGCAAGACUACAAUCUGGAAAGUGAGCCUUUACCAGGUUCAGAUUCAAUCGAGGCUUCUAGGAGAAGAGAAAGAGGUGCUCGAGCACUGGAAGAACGAUUGGCUGCUGAGAGGUUGGCUGCUGCACGACGUGAAUUACAAAGAGAAGCUGAGGAAAAUGUAUAAUUCAGCAACAUCAGUUAUUGAUAUUUCCAGAGGUCGUACAGUAAUUAAUUAGAGAAUUUUUGUUUAGGUCAAGGAAGAUUUAAUGGGCAUUUUUCCUUGGAUAAUCUUUACAAAACCAAAGGUUUCUCUUUUGUCAGAUAAAUAUAAUUUACUUUCU